AUGUCCCCCAGGUCCCCCAGGUCUCUCAAGACUCGUCUGAAUGUCCCCCAGGUCUCUCAAGACUCGUCUCUCAAGUCUCGUCUGAAUGUCCCCCAGGUCCCCCAGGUCUCUCAAGACUCGUCUCUCAAGUCUCGUCUGAAUGUCCCCCAGGUCCCCCAGGCCUCUCAUGUCUCGUCUGAUUGUCCCCCGGAUGUGGAGUCUACGUUCUUCCAGUUUGGAGCGUCUCUGAUGCAGGAGGCGUUACUGAUGAUGAACAUCAUGGAGGAAUAUGACUGGCACAUCUUCUCUAUAGUCACCUCUAAGUUCCCUGGAGCGUCGUCACGCUGGGCGCUGUGGACGGAGGCCAACUCUAAAGCUCAUAUCCAGCUGAAGAGGAUCCAGAGUCCUGUUAUACUGCUGUACUGCUCCAAGGAGGAGGCCAGCCUGACCAAUAGGAACCCCGACUUCACCCCAGACAUCUAUCCCCUGGGGAUGAUCUCUGUGUCCUACAACGAGAUGGAGUAUCCCUGGAGAGCCGCCUUAGAGACGGAGUGGCAUCAUCGCCACGGCAGCCGUCGCCAUGCUGAGGGAGAAAGGGGAGGUGCCAGAACCCCAAGGGAACUGCUACAGCCAAUCAGAGAAGGGAAAGACUCUGCCCAGCGCCCUGAGAGGGUGAGGGCGGAGUCAGUGGAGAUGAACUACACCUGUGUGUUCUGGUCGGAGGGGCGUGUCCAGGAAGAGGGAGGGGCGUGGUCAAGUCGUGGCUGUACCAAAGUCACGUCUAACUCUACACACACCGUGUGUUCCUGUUCCCACCUUAGCAGCUUUGCUGUUCUCAUGGCCCUCUACCCUAUAAAGAACACCUUUGAGCUGCAUCUGUUGACGUGGCUGGGUCUGUCGUUGUCUGUGGUGUGUCUGUUGCUGUGCAUCCUGACCUUCUGGCUGUGUCGGUCCAUCCAGGGGACACGCACCACCAUCCACCUCCACCUCUGUGUCUGCCUCUUCAUCGCUGACCUCGUCUUCCUCAGCGGUAUCUCACACACACAGAGCAAGGGAGGAUGUGGGUUUGUAGCAGGUCUCCUCCACAUGUUCUUCCUAGGAUCCUUCAGUUGGAUGUUGUUAGAGGGGGUUCAGCUCUAUCGCAUGGUGGUCCUGGUCUUCAACACUACCAUAAGACCUCUGUACCUGUAUACUGUGGGAUAUGGACUGCCACUGGCUAUAGUCAUCAUCUCUGCUAUCACCUACCCAGAUGGAUAUGGUACCACACAACACUGUUGGUUGUCUCUGGAGAGAGGAUUCAUCUGGAGUUUCUUCGGCCCAGUGUGCACCAUCAUCAUCCUCAACGCUUUCUUCUUCAUCAUCACUGUCUGGAGGCUGGCCCAGAAGUUCUCUAGUCUCAACCCUGACCUCUCCAACCUACACAAGAUCAAGGUGUUCACAGUGACAGCAGUGGCCCAGCUGUGUGUGUUGGGUACUAUGUGGAUAUUUGGAGUGUUCCAGUUCCAAGAGGAGGGGACAGUGGUCAUGACAUAUCUCUUCACUAUCCUCAACUCUCUACAGGGAGCACUGCUGUUCAUCAUGCACUGCCUCCUGAACAAAACGGUUAGAGAGGAGUAUUGCAAGCUGCUGUCCUGUAUCUGUACACCACAGAAGAAGAGAUACUCAGAGGUCAGCACCACCAACCCUUCUUCCAGCCAAUCCCAGGGGUCAAGGAGCGCAGAGAACACGGGGGAGUCGCAGAUAUGACGUCACCAAACCCCCAUAAUGCACCUCUUUACCCCUCCUCCCACGACAAAGGUUCCCACUAGAUGGCCAAACUGUAAAGUCAAAAUGGUCAAUAUCGUAAACAUUUAUGAAAACAAAUAUUCGCGUUUAGCGGUGUGGUUAAGAUAUAUUGUAGAAAUGGGAAGUGUUUCUGAUUUAGUAUCUUGGCCAGAUAGUGACACACCAGAAACACUCAGCCCGAGGAUAGUACUGGUCAGACCAGGUUAGUAGAAAAUGUGUCCAACUAGCCCGCCAGAUAGUAAAAAUGGUAGUCCACUAGCCAGGUUGGCCAGAGCCCAAAAUCCUUCCGUUCCAUCCCUGAUUAGACACUUCAUAUCAAACUUGAUGUAAAUUAACCACUGUCUUAUCAAGCAUUUGGUUAUCCAAUCAAAAGGUAUGUGAUCUUCAGGUCAUCCAAUAGGAAUGAGUAUGAUCUUUAUGUCAUCCAAAUAGAAGUUCUAUGAUCUUCAUGUCAUCCAAUAGGAAUCCAUAUGGUCUUUAUGUCAUCCAAUCAGAAGUUACACGAUCUUCAUGUCAUCCAAUAGGAAUGAGUAUGAUCUUUAUGUCAUCCAAUUAGAAGUUAUAUGAUCUUCAUGUCAUCCAAUAGGAAUCUAUAUGAUAUUUAUGUCAUCCAAUAGGAAUCUGUAUGAUAUUUAUGUCAUCCAAUAGAAAUCUAUAUGAUAUUUAUGUCAUCCAACAGGAAUGUAUAUGAUCUUCAUGUCAUCCAAUAGGAAUCUAUAUGAUCUUCAUGUCAUCCAAUAGGAAUCUAUAUGAUCUUCAUGUCAUCCAAUAGAAAUCCUCUUUUUGAAAAUGUUCACAACCACAAAAGAAAGGUACUAUUUUCCACCACUUGGAUGACGUCAUAAACGUGAUGAACAGAAGCUUUCUUCCUUUACAUGAAUGUGAUACAUUUAUAGUCAUAUUUAUUACCAAGACAACAAGAAAGGGUGACUUUUCUACACGAUUAAAUCCAGAGGGAUUUAGAAAAACAUUAAGUGAAGAUAUGUGUUAGUUGGGACCUAAUGGACUGUUUUACUGUAAAUGUGUUAUUGAUCUUUAACACUUUUUAAAUAACAUUUAAGAAUAAGUCUUUAUAAAUGAAUAUACAUGUUUAUAAAUUAUUAUAAAUGUUGUACAUUUUUUAUGAAUGGAAGGCUGGUAAUAUUUACACAUUCUUAUAAAUGUUUACAAAUAUAAUUGUAAUUAGUUUAUAAAUCGUUAAAAGGUUUAUUCAUGAUAGUUAUUUUAAAGUGCUACCAUUGACACCUCUAUGUAUAUAAUGAGAUAAUAUAAGAUUUGUUGCGAUCACUUGCAGGGCUUCUGUCCAAAAACAGCAUUUAUCAACAGGAUUUUAGAAAUCAGGAGAGAAUAAACAGGAAAUCCGGAUUCUCCAACUGGGAUUGUCACUCAUGGCUCCACCUUAUCACUGGCCAACGAAAUAUAGUGUAGCAAUCCUGACCUGGACUUAAACCUGGGUAAGGCAACUGUUAACCUAACAAAUGAGCCGCUAUGCCAAGAGAUCCGAACAGCUUGACGAGGAUGCUAGGUGUUGGGUUAAAGUUGUUUCAAUAGUUGUAUAGGUUUAGGAAUAAAGUAGUAACAAUGUACUGUACAGUUCUGCCAUUGUAGAGGUCCUUAGGCACAGAUCUAGGAUCAGAACACAGUAAAUGUACUGUACAGUUCUGCCAUUGUAGAGGUCCUUAGGCACAGAUCUAGGAUCAGAACACAGUAAAUGUACUGUACAGUUCUGCCAUUGUAGGGGUCUUUAGGCACAGAUCUAGGAUCAGAAUACAGUAAAUGUACUGUACAGUUCUGCCAUUGCAGAGGUCUUUAGGCACAGAUCUAGGAUCAGCUUACCCAACCCAAAACCUAACUUAAAGGGCUAUCCAGGAUUGGUACAUCCAGUUUUUUUUACUUUUAAAUUAUUGAUUUAUUGCUCUUGGUUCUUGUAGAAUAUAAUUUAAAACUGCCUUGUGACCAGGUCAACAGUCCUUCCCCAUCAGAACAUUGUAGAAUUUAACUUAAAACUGCCUUGUGACCAGGUCAACAGUCGUUCCCCAUCAGAACAUUGUAGAAUUUAACUUAAAACUGCCUUGUGACCAGGUCAACAGUCCUUCCCCAUCAGAACAUUGUAGAAUUUAACUUAAAACUGCCUUGUGACCAGGUCAACAGUCCUUCCCCAUCAGUACCCCAACUAUAAGCUUGUUUUCACUCCAUUGUUUGUACACAUGUAAAGGUUAAAAACAUGGUUAAAAGUAUCCUGUUGAUCUCAUGGAUGGUCAGUCCUUGCAUCCAGAGAUCCAUCUGUGAUGUUGAGAGUGGUUAAAUCUAUCCAGGCCCAUCCCUCAGCUGUUAACCACAACAAGUGGUGGGAUGACCUGUUAGUUGCUUUUUAAAUCCCAGACUGCCCCUUUAAGGUUCCACCACAGAACUUGGUCUCAGAAUAACCAUGGAGAUUCAGUAGAGUCUUAAAACAAUCUAAACAAAGUCUAUAUUCAAUAUUGUAUGUUUUAUAUUCUAUUCUGUUGCACUUUUACAAGUUGUGUAUUUUAUACUUUUAAAGAAUGUACCAUUUCCAAUACAUUUUAUCAAGCAUUCUGAAUGUAAGCACUUAGUGUUGUACUUGACUGUGUACUCUGUAGUGUGUGUGUGUGGGUGUGUUUGGGUGUGUGAGAGAGAGGAUGUGUUUCAAAUUUUUUUGACACAAUAAAUCGUUGCGACAAUAA